GCGAGUCAACAACAAUAACCGCCUGCUUUAAAUUAUUAGGACUAUAACUCAUGGUAAAUUUAGUUGGAAUUGUUGAAAUAUUUGUCAUAAAUGUGUGAAAUCUCUAACUCUGGUGACAGGACCGUUUGGAGAAUCCAGACAGCAGACUCCAUGUCGGUGUUUCCCUCCCUCCAUCCAUGUGAAGCGCUGUUUCAUACGUUCAGUGAUGCCUCUGCAGCCCUCAGACGGAGCGAUACAGGAAGAUACUACAGUGUGUGGGACCCUACCAUCCAAGUGACGUCCUGUAUGAUCACCUCGAUUUGUUUUAUUCACCAGGCAAAGAGGCAAUUUCAACUCAAAUCAGAGGAUUACUUUGGAGGCGAUUCUCGGACUGACAGUUUACUGUGUUGACAAGGUGGAGAAAUGUGCAGCCACGGAGGACGAGGAGCCUGGAAUUAAGCACAGGAGAGAAAAGAUGUCGAAGAUGAGACAAUAAAGGAAGAGCUAGUUUUGGGGCCUGUGCGGACUUCCUGCGGCAGCAGUUGGAUGUGCGCGUCAAUCUGGCCACGAUGACGAUGAAAGGCCUUUCCAGCAGCCGCAGUCACCACCAUGCGGUGACCUGCGACCCAUCUUACGACUCCAUGACCCUGGGGCACUCGGAUCGUCGGUCCUACUUCCUCAACCCUGGUGAGGCUCAUUCUGGUGACCACUCCUGCUACACCCAGCGCCCCAAUUCUUUCCAGUCUGAGUGCAGUGCCUACCCUGAUCUGGCCAGCUGCACCUUUCCUCGCAGACAUUAUAGCUCCCACCAUGAGCUGAAAGACGAGUGCAGCGCUGUGGUGCCUUACACGGGGCCAACAGGGAUCAGUAAGGGAGGAGGAGGAGGGGGUAACAACAACAACCAUAUUCCCUCAAACCUGCUGGAGCAGUUUGAACGCCAGGCACCAGUGCGACGUGAAGGCUACCACACACUGCAGUACAAACGCACCGCAGUAGAACACCAACGUAGUGACAGCCCAGGUCGGAUCCGCCAUCUCGUUCACUCCGUCCAGAAGCUUUUCACAAAGUCGCACUCUCUGGAAGGACCCUCGGGGUCUGCUGGAGGAGGCAGUGGGAGGAUGAAUGGCAGCAAAUCCAGUCCUGAUGAUCCACCUUCCUCUUCUGGCACCUUGAAGCACAGUAAACGCAGUAAGAGCAAAGACCGCUCAAAGUCAGAGCCUAAGAUGCGCUCUGCCAUUUCAGGCUACUGGAGCUCAGACGACACUCUGGACCGGGAGAUGUGCCUCUACCACCACCACCAUGGAGGAAGCAGUGGAGGCCUGCCUACCGGAGUCAUGACGAUGGGGCGCCACCCGGACAAAUCCCAGUCGCAGUACUUCAUGGAGUCCUACAACACCAUCAGCGCCCACUCUCUGAAGACAUCACGCAGUAACAACGACGUCAAGUGUUCAACUUGCUCCGGGGGCAGCACCGGGGCCAUGCAGCUGGUCCCCCUAGAUGGCCAGAUGCAGCUGAAGAAGAGCUCCUGGUCCUCAACUCUGACGGUGAGCAGAGCAAGAGAGGUCUACCAGAAGGCCUCAGUCAACCUAGAUAAAGCUCUAGUGAAAGCCGAGCAGGGACGCACCUGCCACUUCCUCCAGGUGCCUCAGGACGACUGGAACAGUUUUUCUCCGCUGGGAAAGGAUGACGAGAUUCCAUGCAGGCGAAUGCGCAGCGGCAGCUACAUCAAAGCCAUGGCAGAGGACGACAGCGGCGACUCGGACUGCAGCCCCAAACCCUCGCCCAAGGUCCAGGCUCGACGAGCCAGCUACCUGAAGGCCACACAGCCGUCCCUGACAGAGAUGACCACGCUUCAGAUUUCCACCGAGCACUCGCCCAAGCUACAGAUCCGGAGUCACAGCUAUCUGCGGGCGGUGAGCGAGGUGGAGGUGAACGGGCAGAUUGAGGCGGUGUGUGAGUCAGUGUUCAGUGAGAUGGAGUCGCAGGCGGUGGAUGCCCUGGACCUGCCCAUGCCCGGCUGCUUCCGCAUGCGGAGCCACAGCUACGUGCGUGCCAUAGAGAAAGGCUGCUCGCAGGAGGAGGAAGAGGCAGGGGUCACGGUGGGCAAGAGGAGGACCCACUCACCCCCGCGUACCGCCACCACCGUCAGAACCAUCCAAAGCAGCACAGUGUCAUCAUGCAUCACCACAUACAAGAAAACACCGCCCCCAGUCCCACCACGGACCACCCCGUCCAAACCCUUCAUCUCCAUCACGGCCCAGAGCAGCACCGAGUCGGCUCAGGAUGCCUACAUGGACGGCGGCUCGGGCCAGCGGACAGGCAUGUCCUCCCAGCCGGGCCUGUCCAACUCCACAGAGAGCAUCGACAGCAUGAAGGCCCUGACUGCAGCCAUUGAGGCUGCUAACGCUCAGGUGCACGGACCCGCCAGCCAGCAUGUCACCAAUAGCACCAUCACCAUCACCGCCACAGCCACCACCUCCGCCGUUGCUCACGUCUCCGCUGACAGCAAAGCGCAGAGGGAAGCACUCCGAAAGUGCCUCUCCAUAGGGAUCCAGGUGGAUCCAGAUGAAGGAGGGCCGACUGUGGAGCAGUCUAAAUUCCAGUCCAUAGGAAUUCAAGUGGAGGAUGAGCGAUGUUACCGCAGGAUGACCCGCUCCAACAGCGUAACCACGGCCGUGCAAGCUGAUCUCGACGACCCGUCAGAAGCUCCGGCUCCUCUGCCUCGCUACUGCGCCACCAUGCCCCGCCAGCACUCCCGUGACGCUGCCACUUCCACUGUCAGCAUCCAGGGCUCAGGGAACCACUACCACGCCUGUGCUGCAGACGACUACGGGGAGGUGGGCUUCGACCCCUCAAUCUUGCCCCCCCCGGACCCGUGGAUGGACAGUGUGGCAGAGCCAGAUGUGGACACAUUGAUGGAUGCCAUCGCUCCCUCAGUGUGCCCCCGUGACGGCCGCUGGUUCCUCAAGCUGCUGCAGGCCGAGACGGAGCGUAUGGAUGGGUGGUGCAGACAGAUGGAGCACGAUGAGCUGGAGGUUGAGCUGCCUGAUGAGGUCCUGGGGAAGAUCCGCAGUGCAGUGGGGAGUGCCCAGCUGCUGAUGUCCCAGAAGUUCCAGCAGUUCCGGGAGCUGUGUGAGGAGAAUCUGAACCCAAAUGCACAUCCCCGGCCCGUCUCCCAGGACCUUGCCGGCUUCUGGGACAUGCUCCAGCUAUCCAUCGAGAACAUCAGCCUGAAGUUUGAUGAACUUCACCAACUCAAAGCCAACAACUGGAAACCUCUGACUCCACCAGAAAUUCAGUGAGCUGCUUUUGAGAAGCUUCUCUACCUGCCAUGCACCGUUGGGGCCUGUCCACCUCCAAUGGUCACUUUUACCUCACGCAAUGGCCUCCCUCACACAAAUGGCUGCCACUGUGAACCAUAACCUCAUUCAGACUUGCAUGCUCUCAGACGCUACAUCGCACUUUCUAACCCUACCAGAGCUGGCUGCGUUUUUUCUUGCUCCUGACUUUGUUUUGCUGCAGCUUUUGACACGCAGUUCACAUCAUUAAAGACUGUUUAUCAUCUAUGUCCAGGAGAGAAGGAUGCCUCCUCCCGUGCCAAAGAAGCCCCAGAAGGGCCACCCUCCCCUGGCUAGGGACCGCUCGCUGGAAAGCUCCGAGCGCCAGCGUCUGGAGGCUCGCAAACGCCUGCUUGCUGCCAAACGUGCUGCAUCGGUCCGGCAGAGCUCUGCCACCGAGAGUGCAGACAGUAUCGAGAUCUAUAUCCCCGAGGCUCAGACCAGACUAUGAGACACACAAACGCACACACACACGAAUCUCCAAUACACUCUCCCAUCCAGGCAAUAGCACUGAACGAUAAGGCUAGGGUGCUAACAUAACAUAAUCACUCUUUUUGCAGACUUCAGAUCACUGUGGAGUCAAAGUGAAAGUUGUUUGAAACAAGAAAUGUACAUUUUUCAGUAUUUAUUUAUUUAUUUCCCACCCCUCCACCCCUCCUUCCCUCUUCUUUCCCCGUCCCAGCUUUGAUGUAGCAGCCUCCUCUCUUCCUGUACCUCCACUCGUCCCCCUCUCUCACAGACAUGUAUCUGAAGACUCCCUUUUUUUAAAGUGACCUGAUGUAACAAAGAAAGCCAGUUGUAGCACAGUUGUGAUGCUUCACGUUUGUGUGUUUCAGAGAUUUCACAGGGAAACAGGGAGGACCAUGCAUGUGCAUGUGGAGUGUGUGUGUGUGUGUGUGUGUGUGUGUGUGUGUGUGUGUGUGUGUGUGUGUGUGUGUGUGUGUGUGUGUGUGUGUGUGUGUGUAUGUGUGUGUGUGUGUGUGUGUGCGUGCGUGUGUGUGUGUGUGUACUGUAUCUACAUGCAAACACAUAACAAGUGAUGCAUUUGAUCCAUUUUGGAUCAAUUGUGUCAAAUAAAUGGAAGAGACCAGACAGAUGUAUUGACUCAUAUUAGAUAUUUAUUAUUUAAUCAAGCUAUUUUUGUAUUGAUGAAAAAGCCCAUGAUCUGACUUUAAAACACAUUAGACUGUGUAAGUUUAUCAUUUAUUUUUGGAGUUUAACAUUAGAGAAAAGACCAGACAAGGAAACUUCAGUGUCAGUUGGUGACACAGUCCGCCCUCUGUCUUAGAAAAACGGGUCUUUUCAGCAGCAGGAAAGGUCAAAGUUCAGAUUUUGCUCCUCCAGGUGAGGCAGGAGCAGCUUCCAGAGUUCUGCAGAGUGAAGUUCACUGAAGGAAAUCACAGUUCAAAAAAUGCCACAAAACCUACUCUGUGUGUUUGAGAGAGAGAUAGAGAGAAAGAGAGAGUGUAUAUGUUGAACAGUUCAGAUGUUUGUUUCAAAAGUGCUUCCUAUUUUUCUAGGUCUGAAGGGUCCUAGUUUUAAUUGAAUUUCAAAGUAGCAGUAUCAACAAACUGUAAACAAACCACCCAUAUUGUCUCAUUUGAAACUGAGCAACUUGUUUGUAUAGAGAACAUUCAGUAUAAUGACAUGACAUGCAUGCUAACACAAACUAACUGAUACUUUUUGUCUUUUCUAAACAGGUUGAAUCCUUUCUCACGUUGCGUUCAGAGUCUCUGGUGUUACAGACAAACACUCAAACACUGAUCUUUGGUACAAUACUGGUAGUUGUACUCUAUUUUAAUAUGUCGUUUUUAGUCAGGAGGUUUAUCGUCAGUAUGGGACAUAAAGGGACUCUGAAAAGGGACUAUUUUCUCCUCACUGUGUGUGCACUAUCUCUGCCUCCAAAUGAAGCAAUUAUUUCAACAGAAAAUACAAUUUGUAAUAUUUUGUAUCCAUGUUUAAUUUAUUGAUUAGAACAAUGACUGUUUACUGACAUUGUGAUUAUUAUUAUGCACUGACAACAAGGCCCUUAUACUGUGUUUCUGUUACAGUGUUUCUUUUUGCAUGACAGGCACUUUUUUGUCUCUUCUGUUUCGGUGAUCAGCCUUAAUUUCUGAUACGAUAGUCGAGCACAACAGCAGUCUCAGGGGAAGAAGUGUGUGAGUGAGUGAGUGUGUGUGUGUGUGUGUGUGUGUGUGUGUGUGUGUGUGUGUGAGAGAGAGAGAGAGAGAGAUAGAGAGAUAGAGCAAGUGUAUGUCAGUGUAUUACCCAUGGCUUUGUCUCCUUACUGUAUAUAACCCUUUGAUCUACAACAAGGGAAGUAUCCACGCCAUCUUUUGAAUUGUGUUGCUGUUGCACAUGUCUGCCCUUAUAGAACUGUAAUUGAACAAGGUAUUUCAGUCAGCUGCUUGAAUGUGGAGACAAUCCUGAGCCGGUUUCUUUUUGUUUUGGUAACAGAGUAGAAGGACUGAGGUGUCCACAUCUCAAGUUUUGUGCCAUUGGAUAGGGAAGGAUUAAUUCCUGCUAUUUGUCCCUGUUGAACAGAAGUUUUUCAUUGUGAAGGAACUCCGGUGAUGAAGUAACAGUUCAGUAUGAUUUAUUUUUCCUUUAGUACGUCCAUCACAUUUUAGAGAGGAUGCAUAAAAGUAACAAUAGUUCAAACUUAAUGCAUUUCUGUAGAUUAAACUAAUUUUAGCCUCUUUUUUUUUUUUUUACCUUGGAACUUGUAGUUGAAUUGUCUGACUUCUUAUUUAUGUUUAUGAUAUUAACAUAUCAAUGUAACACUCCUGAUAUAGCAGGGAGUUAGAAACCAGAAUGUUGGACUGUGGUUCUGUUGCUAAACUCAAAACACACUCCAGCAACUCUGGCAACUCUGAAGCUUGUGAUGUAGUUCUAAAAAGAAGGAACAUUCAAAUAAACAUUUGUACAUAAAUUAAUUGAAUGUUUCCCUAUGUAAAUGUAAACUAAAAACCCUGAUCAGAUAACAUAUUAAGCAGAUAUACAUUUUGUAAUUAAUGUUAUUACACUGUUGAUGUUAUGGCACGUGUAUGAGCUCUUAUCAGCAUUAAAAAAUAUCAUUGCCA